AUGAAUAAUGACAAUUAGAAUGCUUAAGUGAUUCUAAAAGCAAGUCUUGCAAAAACUAGAAUCACUAAGAUUCUAUAAAAAAAACCAGACUUUUAACUAAAACUUAAGCUCAAUGCUCUCGAUUCAAUCAUAUCCAAUUUACCUACUGAAGAGGAGUCUCCUCCAUAAUAAUCAAUGUAAACACUUUAAUCUUCUUCUAUUCUUAAUAAAGCCAAAGAAGUUAUUACCUCUAGAAAAUAAAAAAUUAAUUUUGAUUCUGCUUACUUAGAUCUUAAGAAAGAAACAUUAGAAGAUGAUUCAUUUAAUUAAUUAAUCCUUGAAAAUCUUGAUAAGUAUGCCAUUCAUUAAGAUGUUGCUUUAAAAAAAGCUCCAGCCAUUAUAAAACAUAAAUCUGAAUAGUAAAUUAUUCAUGGAUAUCAAAUGCUACCAAAAAUUGCUGUUAGCAAUUAAAUAAAACGAAAAAAGGAAACUAUGAAGUUACUUAAUUAAUAAUUAAAAAUUGAUCAAUAAUUGGUUAAAUAAUAAACCUUAAGAGAACUUCAAUAAAUGAAAUUGCCAGAUAUAUUUUAAAGUGUUACAAUUAAUGAUUUGAAAUAAAAAGAAAACAUCCAAAAAUUUGUUUUAUAAGAAGAGUUUCAUUAAUAAUGGAAAAAAUCAUUUAGAUUAAAUAAACCACCCUCUUUAGUCUAAUCCUUUUUGAGCAUGAAUCAAUAUUUAUUAGAUUCAGCAGAUUAUUUAGACAAAAUAAAUAAGAUUGAAAGAAAAAAAUUAAAAGAUUAAAUGGAAUCUUUGAAUGAAUUUGUCGGGGUUUAAUUUGAAAAAUUAAAAAUCAAAACUGAUCCAUGUUGA